AAAGUACAGUUUAUAGAUUUGUAGCUAUUCGGAUAUUUAAUUAUUGACAUUACGCAAUGGCCACCUAUGAGCAAGUUAAAGAUGUACCCAAUCAUCCAGAGAUUUACUUGAUCGAUGUGCGUAACCAGGACGAACUGACGGCAACUGGCACCAUUCCAGCCAGUCUCAAUAUACCCUUGCCUGAUUUGGAGAAAGCUUUAAAGUUGGACUCUGAGGACUUCAAGCAAAAUUAUGGACGCGAAAAACCUGGAAAUGAUGCCGAUAUAAUAUUCACUUGUCGCUCCGGCAAACGUGUUCUGGAGGCAGAAGUCAUUGCCAAGAAUGCGGGCUUUACCAACGUACGUGUCUACAGUGGCUCCUGGCUGGAGUGGGCUGAAAAGGAAGGUCUAUCACAGUAAGAGCGAAAAGAAAGCACCUGCACAUUCUCAUCUUUGGCUUUUACUAUACUUUCUUAAUUUAAAUCUGUUAAUGUAUUGUCUUUAGAUUUACGCACUACUGUAGUUAAAUUUAUGGUUUCGGAUUAUAUUGGAUAUUUAAAUUCUA